GAGCACAGAGAGGAUUGCAGGCUGGUAGUUUGGUUUGCUGUCCUGACUGUACAGUCACUUUCAUAAAGAUCCCACCUCUCAUCAGACCUGCUGCUAAAGCAGGUAGAUACCAGAGCAUAAAUGCUUCCAGAUGGGAAGAUGUAUCCAUUAGUGACCAGACACUCAAAUAAGAGUGGGCUCAAGACACUGCCUGUUGUGAUCAUAGGGAAUGGACCAUCAGGAAUCUGUCUCUCAUAUUUGCUGUCAGGUUACACCCCUUACUUCAAAAGACACUCUCUUCAUCCUCAUCCUAUUCUUCAGAGAAAACUGGAAGAGGCACCAGAAGUCUCUGUUUUGGAUCAGGAUUUGGAGUAUCUGUCUGAAGGCUUGGAGGGACGAUCCCAGAGCCCUGUGGCUCUUCUGUUUGAUACUCUGCAGCGUCCAGACACAGACUUUGGUGGGACAGCAGAAUCUGUGCUCACUUGGUGGCAUGAGCCUGACAGAGCCAUCCCCCACCUGGUCCUUGGCAGAAAUGCUCCUGGAGGUGCCUGGCACUCUAUAGAGGGCUCUAUGAUUACCCUGAGCAGAGGAGAAUGGAUGGGACUCCCAGAUCUCCCUUUCAAGGACUGGUUAAAGCAAAAGAGAAGAGGCCUCAGAAACAAUAGAGCCACAGCAGAGGACAUUGCUCAAUAUUACCAACACUAUGUGAUGAAGAAAGGACUGCAGAAGAAUUUCAGAUGUGGCACUGUUGUGACCUCUGUGAGGAAAGUGAGUGCAGAGAGCAUCUCCAACCACACCCAGAAAGAUCUGCAGGACGACAGUGGCUCACUCUGGAACUCUAAUGAGAAGAGUACAGAGGUCUUUCAGGUGGAUGGAUUUUUCAAAACUAUGGAAGGUGAUAAAGAGCCCUUCUCCAUCUAUGCAGAGAAUGUGGUUUUGGCUACAGGAACAUAUGACAAUCCUACCUGGCUUGGAGUCAAGGGAGAAAACCUUUCCUAUGUCCACCACCAGCUGUCUGCCCUAGAAGAAGCAGUGAAGAACAACAGUGUUGGCAUCAUGUCAGAUCCAGUCUUGAUUGUAGGUGCUGGUCUGACAGCUGCUGAUGCGAUUCUCUUUGCUCACCAUUGCAAUAUUCCAGUAAUCCACGUUUUUCGGAGACGAGUCACUGAUCCGGGCCUUAUUUUUAACCAGCUCCCCAAAAUGAUGUACCCUGAAUACCACAAAGUGCACCAGAUGAUGAAGGAGCAGACAGCUGCCUGUGCUGGGCCCUAUGAGCGCUACAUCAGCCUCCCUGAGCACCACGUGCUCUCCUUUGGCAAGGACAAGAAAUGCAUCUUUCAAGACAAGAAUGGCUGUCAGAAAGCUUAUAAAAUUUCCAUGGCUCUUGUUCUAACUGGCUCAAACCCCAACCUCUCCUUUCUGCCAAAUGAUGGCAUUGACUUGGCAGUGGACAAUGAGCAGCCAGUCAAUCCAAAGAGGAAUCCCAUAGAUGUUGAUCCAUUCACGUAUGAAUGCACUCAGGAGAAAGGGCUCUAUGCUCUGGGACCUCUAGCAGGAGAUAACUUUGUACGCUUUGUGCAGGGAGGGGCUCUGGCUGUUGCCAGCUCUCUGUUAAAGAAAGCCAACAAAAAUCCCCCCUAACAAAAACCCCCAGCCCUGUACUACCUGGAUGGGUUGGUGAUCUUUCCAUGAAGCAGCAAAUCAUCUGAUUUGUAUAUCCUCAAAUCUAAAGGCCAUUCCUGGUGUUCUUCAAGGUUUUAUGGAGAGUCAGUAAGUUCUUGCUGAGUUAUUUGAGAAGAUUAAUGCAGGGUGAGUCCCACACACAGCAGUAUCUUCAAUUCCUGAGAAUCCAACUCCUCUUCUGCAUAGCUGUGCAGAGUUACUGGGACUGAAGCUUGUGUCUGGGGAAGCAAGGGCAAGAUAGGAAUUGCUCUUCUAUCUGAAACCCUCCAGGUGACUGAAAAUUGGAUUGAGGAAUCAGUGUUAAUUAUUUUCAGAUAGCAGACCCACAACACUGUGUCUGUUGGUGUCUUACAGUGUUUUGUCAUGAAACAAAGUAAACUGACCUGGUUUUAUUCACUCCUGUGGUUUGGCUGUAUGUUCUUGUCAGGCCAGAAAUCGCUGCCAGGUCCUGCAGGUACCUCUUUGGCACGUGGAGGGGUACUCUGCAAGUAAAAACUGACAUACAAACAUUCAAAACUAUUUUGUCUCACUGACACCAGCAACGAGUAAUAUAUGAUUUUUUUU